GGGCAAUAAGGUCUGCCUUAAUCCUCGAUCAGCUUUUUGUGGGGAGCGGGCGAAUCCGUGGAGAACCCAUUUAUAGACUCGCGAGCUUGCUAUUGCAGUUGUUUUAUUCAGUCCUAAGAGGAGUCAUGGAUAAUGCAAAGUACACCUCUCAAGAACAGGAGCAGGCCAAGAAGCUUAGGCUCAAGUUGGAAGGAUGGCGGGAGGUGGUGCUUCCUCUCAACUCUGUGCUGCUCUGGAGCCAGCCCUACUACCCUGCGUGCAUCUUCGGCGCUGUCACCACUGUCUUCGUCUUGCUGUGGUAUCUGGAGCCGUCCCUGCUGACCACCUUCUCGCUGAUUGGCAUGCUGGCAUGCCUGCUCGACUAUCUGGUUCCACUGCUGCUUGCCCAGCUUUGCAGUCCAGACAAAUGGACCAGCCAGCAUGAACGCCAGCUGCACGAGAUAUGCCUUGACGUGACGCAUGCAUGGCACUCAGUGGUCAGUGCCUGCGCAUCCAUCAAGAAGGCAAAGCAGGACAAACCCAAGGCGUAUGUGGUGGCGGUGCUGAUCUCUCUCCUUGUGGUGGCUUGGAUUGGGAAUGCUUUUGACAACCUCUUCCUCACUUAUCUCAUUGUGCUUUUCCUUGCGAUGAUUCCCGGCAUGAAGCACCAUGGCAUUUUCAAGAAGUACUUCUCGGCGACUGUCCUCACCAUCAGGAAUCUCAUUGCCGACAAGAUGAAGAAGAACUAAUCUUGCACAACCACUCUGCGGCUGAAAGCAUUAUCAAGCACAAGUGAAAAAAAAAAAAGGAAAGGAAACUGCUUGCUGGUCUGCUGAUGUACAGAGUGAAGUAUGGCAGGAACGUGAAGAUUCUGCUGAUGCCUGCCCCGCUCUACUUCAGUCGUGAAAACUUCAGCUGCUGUACCGGAAAACCGCCUUGCGCUGCCAUAUGGUCGUUGUGCAUGUGACACUGACACUGUAUACAGUGAAACUAAGAAUGUGCAGAAGUACUGCCUUUGUUGAACCUAUCCGACAGGCAUUCUAGGAUGUGUGCCGUUCACACUUCUUAUUUAUGUUCUUUAGCGUCACGGCCAUUCACCUUUCAUCUCGCUUUGUUAAAGUAUUUGGUGCUUCAAAACUUGGCUUUUAUUAUCGAUACGUAAGUUUGCAGGCAAUGAACAGAGCAUGUUUACUCUGGCAAGUUGGAAAGGUUGCACAACCUGUCUAAUGAGUGGCAGCAAUGCCCACGCCUGCACUCGCACUCUCCAUCAAGUGGCAGGUAUUGGAGGCACUGAGAAAAGUUAGGUGGUUGCUUAAUUGCAUACAGUAAUGUUCCAUGUCAUCGCUGUAGCUAAAGAAAAUACUUAGGUGUUUUGGUUGGCCAGGUGUCGGCAAGAACAUGCCUGGAAUACAAAUGUCGCAAUCCUGUGUGCUUGCUUCAGAACACUAGCUGAAUAUACUGAACAUGUUAUGUCCCUUCAAUAGCAGUUUUAAGCUUAAAUUUUCGGUUAGUAACAAUUCCUAUUCUAAACACACUUGUCAUUUUUAGUUUCUUCCAAUUUUUCUUCCAAAACUGCUUAGGACAAGAGCCAUCAUUAUGAGCUUGAACAAGCAAUGCCAUUGCAAUAGGUGGCCCAAGGUGUGCCUGGUUGGCAAACAAGCCUAGCAAUUCAAGUCAUGUGGUUGCCAAGAAACUCCUUCAAAAUGUUAGACAGCUGCAGCAACUAACUGAUGUGAACAUGCCCUUUGUAUCCCACUUGUCUCUUUCAUUGGCUGCUAAAGAUGGGCAUCCUUUAGUAUUGGUAUCUUGAUGGUGAGAAGGUGGGGCGCCUGAGACAAGUAGUUCUUUUACGCACAUUAGUACUGCGAAGCUAAAACUGAGGAUAGAACCCUGAAAAAAAAAAAGUUCGCUUUUCACUUUACAGUCUAGUCAGCACUCUUCCCUUCCCUUUGGUACAUAUACCGUGGCACUAAGAAAGAUAUGCUUCAUUAUGCUUGAACAAAUUGUGUAUCAAAAGUCUAAUGAAGUGAAUGACACUAAGUAGCUUUCUUGUAGAGCAACAAGUAAGUGCCUCUACACUUCUUGAAGGCACUUUUGAUUGCAUUUUUCCUCUAACUGAUGUGCAUGUUUAAGGGUAUGAAAAAGUAAUAUAUGUAACACCAAAGCAAGGCAUACCUGUUGGUGCUUUAUGUAUAUAUCUGCAGUCUUGACUAACUAAAAAAAAAAGCUUUUUUUUUUUUUCUGCAAUUGCUGUGUGCAAACCAUGCCUCCUUUCCAGUAGCAUUGCUGACAAUAUUAUUUUAACUUGCAGACUUCUGGUGCAACUUUAGUCUGAUUUUUGGCUGAAAUGGUAUAGAUGACAAAGGAAGUUGUAACAACUGUGACAGCCUGCUGCCAAGCUGCAUUGCUUUUAUUUGAUUAAAAGCCGCAAUUUUCACAAGGAUAGCUGCCAUGUGCUUUUCCCAACAAUAGAAACAAUCUGUACAUGGUGCCCAUGGUCGAUAUUAUGUGUAGCUCCUGCUACGCUGCUUAUUGGGAAACGUGAAGUGAGAAACGGAAGACGUCGGUUUGCUGUGCCGAAUGUGUGAGACUUGUAGAAAACUGAGGAAAAAAAAAAGCGCACAUUGAUAACUGCUUCGUCACGUAAAGUGUGGACUGCAGAUGAAGCGAGACUUACGGUUAGGGUAUGCAAAGGUCGCAUAAGGUGCUGUGGACUUUGCUGCGACUGCGCAGUGGAUUCACGUGCAAAUUUUUUCUCUUCUGUGCUACUUAGUAGUAUAGCAUCCCUUUGUCUGGAUGUGCUUUCUUGAAGAUAUUCGCAUCAUUUUUUGUCAUGACAUGUAUCGGAGAGCAGCGGAAAUCAUGUAAAUGAACUUUUGAAACCCAAUUUCAAUGGAUGACGUUAAUGUGGGUUGUGCUUUCAGUGUUAUGACUACUCGAGCGGCUUGUAAAGAUCCACUGAUCCUCUCUGCCUUCCCACCCAGUACCUUUGCCUCUGCAGAGGAAAGAUAAGAUAAACUUGGCACUCCGUCAGAGUUGGGAGGAAGCUUAGAAGGGCAGAAGUACAAUCUACCCAGGGCUUGGGUUUGGUAAUCAUGAAAGUCGUCCUUUUAUCGCUGAACAACUUUCCCAUUGUUGUGCACCUUCAAUACGGCAAGGCACGAAACUUGCUUGUGAAUUAAAGGUUGCCUUCUUAAAAGUGAUAGCAUGUGUGAAUGACCUAGCUUCACGUCUAUAGUUGCGGAGGUUACGUACCAGUAGUUAGCAAAAGCCGCCUCUUGCAGCACAGUUGCAGCUAACGUGCUCUGAAUGUUCCCAUUGUCACAGCUUACUUUUAUUCGUGAACAUUUCUUUGCCUUCCUUGUGUUCUCUCAUUUCUCUAGACUUUUUAAUGUAAGGAUUGUUUCUCGUGAUGCAUAUCAUGGUAUUUUGGCAUACACCUUAUGUGAACUAGUUCACGCGGAUCUGUUAACCGAGAUUAUUUAGGUAGCACAGUUUUCUUUUUAUGUACUUUUUCUCCCCUUGAGUUAGCAGAUAUCUUUUAGGUUUUUUUAGUGAGGUUGUGAAAGCUAUAUGCCUGUGUGUGCGCGUGUGAAUGAAUAGUACAAAUUUGUUGUGUUGUACAUCUUGAUGUGUGCCGACGCUGACAGUUGCGUGCAGUAUGCGCCAAUCAACUGCAGAGUGUGAAGAACAAUGUCGUGUCACUUUUGCCAGACAAUAAAAAAUAUAAACUGAA